CUUAGUGUCAAUGAGAAAGAAACCAUGCAGCAUCUGAAUAAUCGCCUGGAAACCUAUUUGAAAAAAGUUCGCUCUCUAGAGCAGCAAAAUGGCCACCUGGAGGGGAAUAUCCGUGACUGGUAUGAGAGGAAUCAACCCAGCACUUUACCUGACUUCAGCAGCUACUUCAGGGCUAUCCAAGACCUACAAAGACAGAUUUCUUCAAUAAGUGUAGAAAAUGCCCGCAUUGGACUACAAAUAGACAAUGCUCAGCUAGCAGCAGAUGAUUUCAGAAACAAGUUUGAAAUGGAACGCCAGUUAAGUAACUCUGUUGAGGCUGAUGUGAAUGGCUUAAAAAUACUGCUAGAAGACUUGAACCGAGAUAUAUGCAGCCUGGAGAGUCAGGUUCAAAACCUCCAAGAAGAAGUUCAGGAGAUGAAGAAAAACCAUGAUGAGGAAGUGAAUGGUUUACAAGCUCAGCUGGGUGCCAGAAUCAAUGUUGAAGUUGAUGCAGCUCCAUCUGUAGAUCUGAACAGAACCUUGUCUGAGAUACGGCAGCAAUAUGAGAAUUUAAUGGAAAGGAAUCUAAGAGAAGUAGAGGCAAUGUUCCGGCAAAGGACAGAAGAUCUGAAUCGAGAGGUUACAUCUGACUCUGAGCAGCUGCAGUCUGUCCAGACUGAAGUCACUGACCGUAAACGCAAAAUUCAAACCUUGGAAAUUGAACUACAAAGCCAGAUGAACAUGAAAUCUGCUCUGGAGGGAACAUUAGCAGAGACAGAAGCUACAUUCAGAUCUCAGCUUGCUGAGCUACAAAGUCUCAUUAACAAUUUAGAAUGUCAGCUGACUCAGAUCCGAUCUGAUCUAGAACAUCAAAACAAUGAGUACAAAAUCCUCAUGGACCAAAAGACCCACCUAGAGAUGGAAAUCGCCACCUACAAACGUCUGCUGGAAGGUCAUGAUAUCCAGUGA